AUGUUAUUUGUGGUUAGCAACCACAAAAUUAUCAUUAUUUGGCCCUCUCCUAUAAUUUUAAUUAUAUUUUUGUUUAAAAUAAUAACAACAUUAGAAUUAAUUGAUAAAAAGAAUUUAGGCCCAACAGAAAAUCAAGUUCCCGAUCCUCCAGAAAAUUUUCGUGUUGAAAGUUUAACGUCGAAUUCGGCAACUUUGAGAUGGGAUCCCCCGCCUUCUAUAGACAAUAUUCUCGUUCGUGGCUAUACACUUUCUUAUGGGACAGGUUCUACUGACACGAGAAAAGUUGUUUUAGAAGGAGCAGAAAACGUUGAAUAUACAUUGAAUAUGUUAAGUAUGUUUGGGGGUGUCUUCCCAAAUACAAGUUAUGUUCUCUCCUUAACUGCAUAUAAUGAAGCUUAUGGAGAAGAUUCUUCUCGUUUACUUUUAUUAAUUAAAACACCUUUAAAUAAUUUCCAACAAGCUAAAGACGAAGUUUUGGAAGAAGAAAAUAAUAAUAAAUAUUUGAAUAAUUUAUUAUUACCUAAACCUUCUGGAUUAAAAGUUGAAAAAACUGGAAAUGUUGAUGAAUUUUUGUUAUAUUGGGAUGAACCAGAAGAAUUAAUUAAUGAAAAUAAUAAAAAGAAGAAUUUUAUUUAUUAUAUUGUUCAGUAUUGGAAAGAUUCUGGAAUAUUAAAAGAUGGACGAAUAAAAGAAUUACAUAAAAUAAAUGUCGAACAUCCCCCAGCAUUAUUAACUGGAAUUAAAUUAAUUAAUUCAAAUAAAUAUUUAGCUAAAGUUAAAUUAAUUUCUUCUAACGGUUCUAUGAGCCAAUGGAGUGAAAAAUUACCUUUAUUAAGAAAAAGUGAAGAGAAAAUAAAUAAAAAUCGUUGGAAAAGUGGAGGAGGAAAAAUAAUUGGGGAAGAAGUUGAAGAAGAUUUUUGCGGGUAAAUUUUGAAAUUUUAAGGGGGAUUUGGUUAAAUUUUUGUUGAAUAGACUUAAGAAAUCUGACAAUUUUUAGUCUUUUUUUUAAACUCGACAUUAAAUCAAAUAGGAUUCCAAAGAGCACGUCGAAAACCUGCU